AUGUCCUCCUUAGAUUUGUACUGUUAUAUCAUAGCCGCAUUGAGUAAUGUAUCGGCACCAACAGAAAACAUCAGUGUUUCGUCACCGACAGAAUUCGUUAGUGUAUCGGCACCAACAGAAAACGUGAGUGUAUCGUCACCAUUAGAAAACGUUAGUGUAUCGACACCAACAGAAUUCGUUAUUGUAUCGGCACCAACUAAAAACGUUAGUGUAUCGUCACGAACAGAAUUCGUUAUUGUAUCGGCAACAUUAGAAAACGUUAGUGUAUCGGCACCAACAGAAUUCGUUAUUGUAUCGGCACCAACAGAAAUCGUGAGUGUAUCGGCACCGACAGAAAACGUGAGUAUAUCGGCACCAACAGAAUUCGUUAGUGUAUCGGCACCGACAGAAAACGUGAGAGUAUCGGCACCAACAGAAUUCGUGAGUGUAUCGGCACCAACAAAAAACGUGAGUGUAUCGGCACCAACAGAAUUCGUUAGUGUAUCGGCAACAUUAGAAAACGUUAGUGUAUCGGCACCAACAGAAUUCGUUAUUGUAUCGGCACCAACAGAAAUCGUGAGUGUAUCGGCACCGACAGAAAACGUGAGUGUAUCGGUACCAACAGAAUUCGUUAGUGUAUCGGCACCGACAGAAAACGUGAGAGUAUCGGCACCAACAGAAUCCGUGAGUGUAUCGGCACCGACAGAAUUCGUGAGUGUAUCGGCACCAACAAAAAACGUGAGUGUAUCGGCACCAACAGAAUUCGUUAGUGUAUCGGCAUUAGAAAAAGCUAAUGUUACGACACCAACAGAUAAAGCUUAUGUCUCGACACCAGCAGAUAAAGCUAAUGUCUCGACACCAGCAGAUAAAGCUUAUGUCUCGACACCAACAGAUAAAGCUAAUGUCUCGACACCAACAGAUAAAGCUAAUGUCUCGACACCAGCAGAAAAGGCUGAUCAGUGUUAUUAUCCCCAGAAACCUGUCAGGUUUACAGCUAAGAAAAUACCAGCACCCUAUCCAUAUAAUAGUCAUCACAUGUGUUUCUGA